CCUAGAGGCAGCUCUGUCCACCACACUCCCAACACACCUAAUUAUAUACUCCCGCCACACGCCUCUCUCUCUCUCUCUCUCUCUCACACACACACACGCACACGCACAUAAACACACGAGACCCAACGAGAAAUCUCAAGCCUCAAGACUUUUGAAAGCAUUUAGUACCUGAUUCAUUGAUUGAGGCUGACCAUGGAGUCGGAGGUUCCUGUUGCUACAAUAGCUGAUAAAGUCAACGUGGUGGUAGAGGCCUCAAUAAAAGGCUCACAUGCUGGCAAGAAGAAUCAGCGCAAAGUUCCAAAAAGAAUUCACAAGUCUGAGAGGGAGAAAAUGAACCGUGAACAUUUGAAUGAGCUCUUUCUUGCAUUGGCUAAUGCUCUUGAAUUGACUCACCUGAACAAUGGGAAGGCCUCUAUAUUGUGUGAAGCUACUCGGAUUGUAAAGGACAUGCUUACUCAGAUUGAGUGCCUCAAAAAAGAAAAUGCAGCUUUGUUCUCUGAAUCUCAAUAUAUGGCUAUUGAGAAGAAUGAGCUACAAGAUGAAAAUUCUUUGCUAGAGGUUCAGAUUGGGGAACUGCAGAGUGAGUUAAAAAAGACAUCGGUCCAACCAAAUCUUGACCUAAAUGUAGCUCCUCCGGAAUGUCAUCAAUUAGAAUUGGUGUCACAUUCCUUGGAGGACUGUCUCAGAUUGCCCGCUGUUGAGCCUGCACAGCAGAAAGCAGCAUCAGUAAGCCCCAUUUUUGUCCUCCCCCUCCAUUCUGAUCUUGCAGUUUAUCGGGAGCCUGAUACCAUGCAGCAUGCUCCUCAGCCAAUCUCAAAUGUGAGCAAACCACACGCCAGGUAUCCCACUCCGGCUGAUUCAUGGCCGUCCCAAGUUCUUGAAAGAUAGUUAUAAUUAGGGAAGGAUUUUCAAUGUAUUGGUAGCAAGCAGCGGAUGUAAUGGUAGAUAUAGUGUGUAAGACUGUAAGUGUGUUAUUACAUAAUGAUUGUACGUGUAAUUUAGUCGAAUUCUGCAUGUUGUACCCUUUGCAUAUGGUGAGCUGUCAAUUGCACUUCUAGGCUCUAGGCGUUUAGCUUUGUUAAAUUAAGGGUGUAGUGGUUGCGAGUGUUAGGGCUACAACUCGGGCGGGUUAGGGAUAGGAGCAAAGUUAGAAAAAUGUUCUAGGGUAGACAUUUUAACUCGUUUUAUCCUAAUCAGUAAAAAGAAGAUUGCAC